AUGUCCAAGGUGAUCACAUUUGUAACUGGAAAUCCCAACAAAAGAAAAGAGGUUGUCCAGAUUCUCGGCGGCCAAGAUUCCGAGGAGGGAUCAAUUGUUGGAGACUAUCUCAUUCGUAAUGCCAAUGUGGAUAUCGAAGAGAUUCAAGGCACAAUCGAGGAAGUCACCAUUCAUAAGGCCAAAAGCGCUGCUGCUCUUUUAGACGGGCCUGUUUUGGUUGAGGAUACCUGCUUGGGUUUCACUGCCAUGAACAACUUGCCUGGUCCAUAUGUGAAGUGGUUCGUUAAGAGCAUCGGUCUUCAAGGUUUGGUCGACAUGCUCUAUAAGUUCGAGGACAAAUCUGCCCAGGUCGUUUGUACCUUUGGCUACUGCGAAGGUCCUGGACAAGAGGUAAAACUCUUUCAAGGUGUGACUGAUGGUCUGAUUGUUGAAGCUAGAGGCGACCAAUACUUUGGAUGGGAUGCCAUUUUCGAGCCAAAGGGCUUCGAGCAAACAUACGCUGAGAUGGACAAAGCGGUCAAAAACAGCAUUUCGCACCGUUUCAGAGCCUUGGAUAAGCUCAGAGACUUCCUUCUCUAG